CGUUUGAUGUUGCCAGUAUCUCUUUUGGACAUUAUUUUUAUUUAUUCAAAAUUUCAUUUAAUUUAAUUUUGUUUCUGGUAUUCGGCUGAUUCUCACAUAUGUGUCUUGUGUCAGCGAUAAUGGGUUUCUGUGAUGUUUAUGAUUAUUGUGGCACCACUCCUUUGAAAUGUCGUUUUAUUUCUUCUCUUACCGGUUGUGUAACCCCCCUCCCUUGAUAGCCAGCCAUCCAUCCGCCAACCAAUGUCAACAGGAAGGCCCAUCAAAUGUGUAGUCGUUGGCGAUGGCACGGUCGGCAAGACAUGCAUGUUAAUAUCAUAUACCACAGAUAGUUUUCCCGGUGAAUAUGUGCCUACAGUUUUCGACAACUAUUCAGCACCAAUGCAGGUAGACACAAUACAGGUAUCAUUGGGUCUAUGGGAUACAGCUGGACAAGAGGAUUAUGAUAGACUCCGACCACUCUCAUAUCCACAAACGGAUGUUUUUCUGAUAUGUUUUUCAGUUGCGAGUCCAUCAUCAUUUGAAAAUGUCACCUCCAAAUGGUAUCCCGAAAUAAAACACCACUGCCCAGAUGCGCCCAUAAUAUUAGUAGGUACCAAAAUUGAUUUACGUGAGGAUCGUGAGACUCUUAGUGCAUUGGCAGAACAAGGUUUGGCGCCACUAAAACGGGAACAAGGACAAAAAUUAGCAAAUAAAAUAAGAGCUGUUAAAUAUAUGGAAUGUUCAGCCCUAACACAAAGAGGCCUAAAACAGGUAUUCGAAGAGGCUGUGCGUGCCGUACUAAGACCUGAGCCACAAAAACGACGUCAACGAAAAUGUAUAGUUAUGUAAAUAUCGAACACGUCAUGGUUUAUAUUUAUACAAUUUCCUGCAACUCCUGUUCCCAAAAACAAACAAAAAAUUACAAUGUUCUGUUUCCAAUUCCUCAAAAUAUAUUUUUUAUUAUGUCGUCAUAGUCGAGAUCGCGCCAUUAUCAUCAACUUUAUCCGGGUUAUACGUAUAUCGUCUCUGUCUCUCAGUCUAUCCUACAACUAUCUCUAUCUAUAUAAAUAAUUCUUUUUUAUAUUUUUUGUAUGUAUAUUUAACAAAUGAUGAAAAACAAUAUUAUUUUCUAUUUAAGAACAAGAAACAAGUGAAACAAAUCGAAUUAAAGCAUAAUAUUUGAGAACCUAAUAUUAACAAAACAAAAAAAUUGUCCAAAUGUCCUUUUAAAAGAAAAUUGUCUACAUUUAUUGUAAUUCUAAGAGAUAACACAACAAACACAAACAAAUCAAAUCGAAUCAAACCACUAGUUUUUAUACCUUUUAAACUAUAACAACUAAAAAAAACAAAGAAACCCUAAGCAGCUAAAACUAGAACUAACUCCUCAAAACACUCUUCCUUCCAAGAACAGAAAACCUAACUCGAAAUAUAAUUAUUGCUAAUAAGUUUUUAAUUUUUAAAUUAUAAUUUUGUUGAUUUUUUCCAUCAAAGAAAGUCGUCCUUUGCGCCAUUCAUAACAGACAUAAAUCAUUGUCAUUGCCUAGAU